AUGGAAGCGAAAUCCACUCUAUCCCAUGACGAUUACACGGUCGGAUGGAUAUGCACCUUGCCUGUGGAGACGGCAGCUGCGAAGUUGAUGUUAGACGAAAUACACUCCCCUUUGCCUCGUCUACCGAUGGAUCAAAAUAUAUAUAUUUUGGGAAGCAUCAGGGAACACAAUAUUGUGAUUGCUACGUUACCGGGUGGCGCAUAUGGCACUAUAUCAGCUGCAACCGUUGGGAUGCAGUUGCUUUCCAGCUUUCCUGCCAUUCGAAUUGGCUUCCUGGUCGGCAUCGGCGGGGGUGUACCGACCAGGAAUGCAGAUAUUCGACUUGGGGAUAUUGUAGUGAGCCAGCCGACGGACACUUCGGGGGGCGUGAUCCAAUAUGACCUUGGAAAGGCGUUCAGCGGUCAUUUCCAGCGGAUGGGGAUGCUUAACCGGCCUCCCAAGGUUCUCUUAACUGCUCUCGCUACUCUUCAAGCACAUCACCUCACAGAAGAAAGCCGCGUGGUUGAGUUCAUUUCUCACAUCCAAGCCAAAAUUCCGCCGCGCAAGGCUACGACAUUCGCACGACCAACCCAAGAGGAUUUUCUAUUUCAAGUGGAAUAUGAGCAUGUCGCAUCUGAUACUGAUACGUGCCUCAAUUGCGAUCGAUCCAAAUUGUCUCCACGGCCUUCGAGAGAUCACAAGGAACCAGUCAUCCACUAUGGACUGAUUGGAUCAGCAAAUCAGGUAGUGAAACAUGGCAGGCAACGGGAUCGGCUGGCUCGGGACCUAAGGAUAUACUGUGUGGAGAUGGAAGCUGUGGGACUCAUGAAUGACUUCCCAUGCCUAGUCAUUAGGGGUAUCAGUGACUACGCCGAUUCACACAAGAAUAAGGAAUGGCAAGGUUAUGCGGCAGCUGUGGCUGCGGCCUAUGCAAAAGAGCUUCUCUUGGUUAUUCCAAUCGAGCAAGUUACCAGCACCCCGACAGCACGGAACACUCUAGCAGAAUCUGAAUCAUUGCUGAAUAUUGCCUUAUAUACAGCUCACCGCUUCGAUGUCCCAUUAGACCUUACUGCUGUGCCCGUGAUUGAAAACUUCCUGGGACGGCAAGACGAGCUAGAUCAGCUAUGGCAGUAUUUAAAGCCAAACUCUUCCCAGGCACGCAAGGUUGCGAUUCUUCAUGGGCUUGGGGGGAUAGGAAAAACACAGCUAGCGAUUCGUUUCGCACGAGACCGCAAAUUUGAUUUCACUGCCAUCUUUUGGCUGAGUGGCAAGGAUCGAGUCACACUUUUGCAAUCUCUGAGCUCUAUCCUACCCCGACUACCGGGGCAGUCACAGAACACCGAGGCGAGCAAUGAUGAGGAAGUGGAGCAACGAGCUAACUAUGUGUUAAGGUGGCUAGCACUAAAGGACAACUCACGCUGGUUAAUCAUUUUCGACAACAUCGAUCAAUACUUUUCAAUCGACGACGUUGAUGGUGACACAUAUGAUAUUGGGAAAUUCUUCCCUGCGGCUGACCAUGGAUCUAUUCUUCUUACCUCUCGACCUCAAGAUAUAACUGAGCUAGGGAAGCCUUUCCCAGUCCACAGACUUGACUCGAAGGAUACAAUACGACUGCUCUUAGAGAGUAGCCACCUGUUAGAAAGAAAUGCUGUUAAUACCUUGGCUCUUGCCGACCGCCUAGGUGGACUGCCAUUGGCAAUUGUCAUCGCCGGGGCCUUUAUGCGUCAAACCGGAACCAACAUCACUGAGUACUUGCAGUAUUACCAAGAAUCUUGGUCUGACCUACAGCUGCAAUCAAAUCCUGGACGUCAGUACCAGCAAGGCAAUAUGCUACAAACGUGGACGAUCUCAUACCAUGAGAUUCAGAAGCGGGACCCGAAAGCUGCAGAGCUGCUACUGCUAUUUGCUCAUUUCGAUAACCGAGAUAUCUGGUAUGGAUUAGUCAAAGGAGGCUGUCAUAGCCCAGAUGCCACAUCAAAUGAACUCACGUUCAAAAUCAACGUGAAGACUCUCAUCGGAUUCUCUCUUCUUGAGACGACGCAACAAGGGGGAAGUUAUGCGAUGCAUCCAGUGGUACAAAACUGGUGCCUGCAUAUUGCUAGCGCAGACAAAGUUCAUUCGAUCCGACUCAAUAACCUGGCACUGAUAUCCGUUGGAUACACGGUCCCUAGUGCACGUACUCGAAAUUAUUCAGAUCUCCAGCAACGGCUUAUUGCACACGCGAAUUUUGUACGCCAUAGAGAUUGGUCAGGCGACAAUAUUACAGUAUUGGGAGCACUCCUUGGUUUUGGGGGUCUCUACUCUAAUCAAGGGAAGCUGAAGGAGGGAGAGGAGGUGUACCAGCAAGCACUGAUAGGCUACGAGAAAGCACUGGGUCCAAAUCAUACGUCUACUCUCGUGACAGUCAACAACCUUGGUAUCCUCUACUCUGAUCAGGGCAAGCUGAAGGAGGCGGAGGAGAUGUACCAGCGAGCCCUGGCAGGCUAUGAGAAUGAUCCUAUGCCCACGCUCAGUACAGUCAACAAUCUUGGAAAUCUCUACUCUAAUCAGGGGAAGCUAAAGGAGGCCGAGGAAAUGUUCCGGCGAGCCCUAGCCGGAUACGAGAAAGCGCUAGGUCCAGGUCAUACAUCCACUAUUACCACCGUGAAUAAUCUUAGCCUUCUCUACCAUAAUCAGGGCAAGCUAAAGGCGGCGGGGGAGAUGUACCAGCGAGCCCUGGCAGGCUAUAACAAGGCCCUAGGUCCAGAUCAUACGUCUACGCUCGUUACAGUCAAUAACCUUGGGAAUCUCUACAGAGAUCAGGGCAAGCUAAAGGCGGCAGACGAGAUGUACCAGCGAGCAUUAGCAGGCUAUGAGAAAGCACUCGGUCCAGAUCAUACGUCAACGCUUAAUACAGUCAACAACCUUGGGAAUCUCUACAGAUAUCAGGGCAAGCUAAAGGUGGCAGAGGAGAUAUACCAGCGAGCACUAGCAGGCUAUGAGAAAGCACUCGGUCCAGAUCAUACAUCCACUCUCAACACAGUUAACAACCUUGGCCUUCUCUACUCCGACCAGGGCAAGCUAAAGGCUGCAGAGGAGAUGUACCAGCGGACACUAGUGGGCAAGGACAAGACUCUUGGUCCAGAUCAUACGUCCACACUUGAAACUGUCAACAACAUUGGCCUUCUCUACUCUAAUCAGGGGAAGCUAAAAGAGGCAAACGAGAUGUACGAGCGAGCACUGGCAGGCUUUGACAAGGCCCUGGGUCCAGAUCAUACGUCCACACUUACCACAGUCAACAAUCUUGGGAAUCUCUAUAAGCACCAGGGACGGCUGAAGGAGGCAGAGGAGAUGUACCAGCGAGCCCUGAGAGGCACGGAGAAGGCCCUCGGUCCAGAUCAUACGUCCACUCUCGAGACAAUCAACGGCCUUGGUAAUCUCUACAAAGGUCAGGGGAUGCUAAAAGAGGCAGAGAAGAUGUGCUACCGAGCACUGACAGGCUAUGAGAAGACCCUCGGUCCAGAUCAUAUGGUCACUCUCAAUACAGUCAAAAACCUUGGGAAUCUCUUCAAAGAUCAAGGGAAGCUGAAAGAGGCAAAAGACAUGUACCAGCGAGCACUGGCAGGCUAUGAGAAGGCUCUAGGUCCAGAUCACAGUAAGAUACGGCGAGUUAUGGAGAGAUUAAAUGGGUUAAGCAUUGCAGAUUGA